GGAUACUUCCUCUCGUAGUGGACACUUGUCUUUUCAGAAGACUUCCACUGACUGAGAGUAAAGACUUUUACCAGAGAGUUCUGUGAUCAAUCUGAAGUCUAAAAACCUUCCCUUUAUCUGGUGGAACUUGCAUUCUGCACGUGUCGCAGUUCAAACUCUAUGAUGUCUUCCUAUAAAUGUCAAGAGAAGGGAGCAUUGAAAAGUCACGAUUGUGUCUUGAUUUACAAAUCGGAGACAGAGGGAGGUGAAAACCACAUGCCAGGCAGUAGCUUAAUUGGACUCACCACCAAGAUGCUAAAAGUGAAGAGGCUGGAAGAAAUCAACACAUGUUACAGCAGCACCCGGCUGGAGAAAAUGGCCUUUUUUCACUGUAUGGAAGAGGUUGAGAAAGUGAAAUGCUUUCUGGAAGAAAAACCCAGUGAAGAGGAUCCAAGAUCUGGAAAGAAUGAGGCUAAGGAGAAGGCGUGGUCGAACCCUGGCCUGAAGGAAAAGACACUUGUCAAAGGUGAAAGGACAUCAGCCCUCACAGAGAGAUCUACCCAGAAGAACCAACUGUCCUCUGAGAAAGAAAACAUUGAUAAACUCAACAAGAAAAAUUCUGAGAAGACCAAUGCUCAGAGAAGUUUUGCUGUAUGUCAUACAGAAAGGCAAGACAAGGCAGAGGCAUCUGCUCCAAGAAAUUGCAUAGAGCCAAGAGGGAAUGUAGAUGGAAAAGGUAUUUCUUGCACAGAAAACUUGAAGAGAAAAGAAAAUAAUAGUGCUGGAGAUGAUAAGCAAGUCACUGUGGAUAAAAAGGAAUGUCCAGUGCUCAAAGGAGAGAAAAACGGGGUCAAUUCUCAGGAAGAGACCAGUGGAAAAGAAGCUGAGGAGGAAGGAAGGUCUACAACUGCAAGAGCAACCGUGCUGGACAAAUGUUCAAAUAAAAAGCAGCAUGUUGAUAAAACUAACCGUGAUCAGUCCCAUGAAAGGUGCAUCAGCAGUGCCAAGACCAUAUCUACACCAGGAGUCCCGGGAAAUUCAGCAACAGGAUGCACCUUCCAGCAUGCUGAACAAACGGAGUCAGCUGGCAGCAGUAAGCGCAGAGUGACUGAAGAGUGCUUCAUCAAGGAGGACAGCAAAAAGAGCAGAAUAGAUCUAGUGGGUGCAGGUGAAAAGCACACACUUAAAGGGACCCAGGAAGCCAGUCAAGCCCAGAGGAGUUUACAGGGUCAACCCCUGGAGUCUGUGGAAAUGAAACCCUCCAGAAAGCAAGAUCCAGUGACCCUGCUGGAUGACAUCCCUGCUCCUGCCGCCCCAUUCGAUCAUCGUAUUGUGACAACUAAGCAAGCACCGGUCAGCAGUUUAUAUACUGUGAGCAAAACAGAGAUUUUGGGAGGGGGGCGUUUCGGCCAGGUUCACAAGUGUGAAGAGAAGGCAACAGGCCUGAAGCUGGCUGCCAAAAUCAUCAAGACCAGAGGCCCAAAGGACAAGGAGGAAGUGAAGAACGAGAUCAGCGUCAUGAACCAACUGGACCACGUGAACCUCAUCCAGCUCUACGAUGCCUUCGAGUCCAAGAACGACAUCAUCCUGGUCAUGGAGUAUGUGGAGGGCGGGGAGCUGUUCGACCGCAUCAUUGAUGAAAACUACAACUUGACGGAGUACGAUACCAUCCUGUUCAUCAGGCAGAUAUGCGAGGGCAUCAGGCACAUGCAUCAGAUGUACAUCCUCCACUUGGACCUGAAGCCUGAGAAUAUCCUGUGUGUGAAUCGGGAUGCUAAACAAAUAAAAAUUAUUGAUUUUGGAUUGGCCAGAAGGUACAAACCCAGAGAGAAGCUGAAGGUGAACUUUGGAACCCCUGAAUUUCUCGCCCCUGAAGUUGUGAACUAUGAUUUUGUUUCCUUUCCGACUGACAUGUGGAGUGUGGGGGUCAUCGCCUACAUGCUACUUAGUGGUUUGUCCCCUUUCCUGGGUGAUAAUGAUGCAGAGACAUUGAACAACAUCCUGGCGUGCAGGUGGGACUUGGAAGAUGAAGAAUUCCAGGACAUCUCAGAGGAGGCCAGGGAAUUCAUCUCCAAGCUCCUGAUCAAGGAGAAGAGUUGGAGAAUAAGUGCCAGUGAAGCUCUCAAGCACCCUUGGUUGUCAGACCAAAAGCUCCACUCCAGACUCAAGGCACAGGAAAACUGCUGCGGUUGCUGCUGCUUUGAGAAGACUUGGAAAAAAAUCAGCAGUUCUGAUGCCUUGACCCCUAUGAUGACUGGCGGCUGUAGCAGGGGGAGCCCUUGAACUUAAACUUGAACUUGGAGUACCUCUGUGAGCUUAGUAGGGGGCAUCUGGUACCCAUUCUCAGGAGACUCAGAGCGAUCCCCACAUCCCAUGUAGUGCACAUUGAGAAGAUGUUUCUUGGCCUUCCUCAUUUUUAUUUUUAUUUUUUAUUUUUUAUUUUUGGAUGUUAGUUACUGGGGCAGGAGGUGUAUUAUGUUUUUUUUAUUUCUCAGAUUCCUAGAGCAAUCAUGCUUGAGAUUUAUUUAAGAUUUAAAAACCUGGAGGAUGCAUUCAGAGGGAGCAAACAGCUUCUAGUCAUGAAACAAUGCCUCUUGAGUGGUCGUCAUAUCUUCAGAAAAAAUACUGUUUAGCAGACCCUUGAAUCUUUCCAUUUCUCAUUUUGAUUUGUUCCAUAAUCAAUGGUUAAAUAAUCUGCUUGCGGCUUUCUUUGAAUUCUGAGGUGAGAGGCAGCAGAUAUCAUAUCUUCUAUUUAUUCUGAUGUUUCCCCCCAAGUGUAUGAGUUUCUUCCAAAUAUCUGAUUCUGUUUUCAAAUUGGUGCAGUGUGUUUUUGCAGCACACUCUCAGCUCUCAUGUGAUGCUCAGCUCAUCUGCAUGAAAUGCAUUAGUUUGGGGAGGAAAUGCAAAAGUUUAUCUGCGGUGGUUAAUCCUUAAAACUACAGCCUUUGGAAGAAGUUCGGCAAUCAUGAGGGCUGUCCACGAGAAUAGCUGAAUUUGUGCUUUCUGGGGAAGGACAGUGCUGGCUUCCUACAUUGAAGAGACCAGGAAGCAGCUGUUCACUUACUGUGCUGUCAAACAUUUAUGGAGAACAAUAAUAGCACCUAUACAGAAUCUCAUGGAAUUUGGGAAUUGUAAAGAAAACAGUCAGACACCAAAGAUGAGGGGCUCUCUCUGCUAGCUCACUCUUUGGGCAUGGCACUGAUUUCCAACUGUAAUCUUAUUCCCAACUCGUGAAUUAUUUCCUGACAGUUGUUUAAUAAGGGACAUAAGUGCUACUGCAGGUGGCAUUUGGGGCACAGAAAGGCACUGGGAUAGGAAUAGUAAAAUGUGCAUAUCAUUUUAUUACAGAGACAAUGCCAAGCCCACUGGAGUCCCUUGCACACCCAACACUGUACUCUCCACUCAGCUUGAGGACCUUUCCAUAUCCAAAUAACUGUUGGGUUGAGCCUUAGUUUUAGCCAUAAAUCGUUGUAGGCUUCUGUUUCCAAAAUAGUAAUGAAAAGUAAUCAGAAUAACUUGGUGGUCCCAUCAGUGAGGACAGAUUUAAUUCCCAUUGUUCAUUCUCCAUUCUCUCUCACCUCCUCCUCAAGCACCCUUAUAGCAUGCCCUUGAAUAAUUAAUGCACAACAUCCUUAUUGUCAUGUUUAAAUUAAAGGGGAAGGAGAAAUAGAGAGAAAUGUGCAAUUUAUUGAAAGUCAUUGUGUCAACUUCAUGGUUCUGCUAAGUAUAAAACCUACUCCUUUCUAGCCUUCGCUCUUAUAUUAAGAUGCAUUUGCUUUUUCCUUUAGUCUAUACAUUUAUUCAAGGUUGCUUUCUCCUAUAUUCCUGUUAUGUGACUAUGCUUAAAAUGUUUUCUUUAAAAAAAUAAAAGGAAGAAAAAGAGACACACACACACAUACACACACAAGCACACACACACACACACACAGAGCCCUGUGACUGAAGUGUUACAUUACUGUGCUAUGUUUAGCUGAUGCUAUUCAUUGAGUAUGGAAAAAUACAAGCCAGAGCAUGCAUUAAUACUCCUAGACCACAGAGACCUGGCAUUCACUCAGAUGCUAAAUAGGACACAAGGGUCUGAUUUGAAACCCCGCGUGGAAGGGCGUUUGCGGUCCUGUGGUCCUGCGGUCCUGUGGCGUGAAUUCUCUACCAGAUUGAGCAGGAGGUCUGUUGCAGGAUGUGCAUUUUAUAUUCAGCUUCCAUUCUGACUCACGUUGGCAGAUACACUUUGUCCAGGUCAUGCCACACCUGGCAGGGACAGCUCAGGUCAAAUACAGGCACCAUUUCUUUGCCAAAUUAAUCCAUUUGAUGACCCUGUAGUUAGUGGAUGUGAUUUUUUAAAAACUUUUUUAUUUUUUAUUUUAUUUUAUUUUUAGUUUUUACUUUUUGAGGUUUAGAAAGGAAACUCUACUUUGAGAAUGGAUGUUGUUUGUGUUUGUAGUUAAAUUUCUGCGCUUGGAUGGGAAGGCAUCUCCAUGCCAGUGGGGCGCCUUUUAUAGGAGAGCUGAGCCUAGUCUGCAUGGCAGAACUGGCGAUUACAGUCUAGGGUUACCAUGAAGGGGAGAUUAUCAGUCUAGUGUUUGUCCUGUCCCUUCGCUCCACACCCAUGUAUGCCUGCUCCAGAAAGAGCUUGUAACUUGGUAGAUUACUGCUCUGGUGGGGAAAGGGGGCUUUGCAAAGCUGGGGAAUCAAAUCAGACACAAGUGUGGACCAGAGAAUCCGAGUCUGGCUAGACUGGGGCUAUUGUGAUCAAUUUUUCCAAGAAGUCAUCAGGAUUUGAGAGGCCGUAUUUCUCCUCCACCCUCUUAAUGGACAAUGUGACUUUGCUCACUCCCAUUUCUUUAGCAAAUGGAGGAAAUUAAGUUCUGAUGUGGCACUUCCCACUGUCUGGAGAGAAAUAAACCUACAAAUUAUUAAGAAGAAAGAGUCCCCAUGUUCGUAAUUUGGAAGACAUGAAACACUUACCCAGAAUCUGUUGAUAUUUAAAAAUAGGAGAAAAGAUCUCAUGCUCCCAUUUGUUACAUAAAAGAACUUCAGCAGUAGGAAUUGUCAUCUGAACUAACUUGGGACAAUGAUUUCCAGGUUGAAAUUGGGUAACACAUAUCUCUGUUGAGUGUAGUAGAUUUGUUUUUAGUUGCUCUUUUUUUUUCCCGGCUUAAUACUAAUUUGCUUUCUUUCCUUAAAAAAUUGAAAUAUGCAUGAUGUCAUUGACGUGGCAUAUUUGUUUUAAAAGGUGUGUGAAUACUUACAUUUUCAUCCAUUUUAUGGAAAUUAAUAUACAUUUUUUUUUCUCAUUUUAGAAUCAAAAUAUGGAUUUUAUACUAGGAACAUGAAUAUCCUGUUCUUUAUUUCAUUCAUUCCCCCCGGAUCCCUGCCACCUCCUGUCCCUGAUGCUGCCUCUGCCUUUACCCAGCCAUUUGGCAAAGGGUGCCAGUCUGCAUGUCUGUGUUUCUUUAGUUUGGGCUGUAGGCCAGCUCCUUUAAAAAAUUCAUUUGUAAAAAUGUAAGUGACAGGAAGAGGCAGGGCCCUUGGUGGGCUGUGGUGGUUAGACUCUGUUGUCUCUGUGGUCCCUGGCAAUCCUGUCACCUGAGGGCUGAAAUGUGGCUGAGACUUGCUUCUCAGUGUCUCCAAUUCACCCUACAUUGUGUUUGCUCCAUCUUCCAAUUUUUUCUCUCUUUUACUUAAUUUUAAAUCAAAAUCCAUCUUUUCCACCAUGAUACACCUCUAAGACCUUUUAUUUAUUAUUUUUAAUUAAUAUAUUUGGGGGGGCAUUGGAGAUCAAACCCAGGGCCUCAGACAUGUUCUACCACUGAACUACAACCCUAGCCAUCACCACUGCCAAGAACUUUUUGAGAUGAAAAUUUUAUUUCCAAGAGGCAAUUGCUUUCUGUCCUAAAGGAAAGUCCAUGCUGGACUUAUUAGAUGUUAAGUUCCCAGAUUCAGAUUACUUUCUUGUAUAACUUGAAAUCUGCAGCUUCUCACAUUAGAAGUGUUGUGUUUGUCUCCCUGCUCCAUUUUGGUGAGGCCUGUUUUGUAUGAUUGGGGCAGUUUCACCUUCCAUGAAGGCUUAUGACUCAACUACAAAGUCCAUUUAACAGAGCAGAAAACAUCCGGGCCCACAUGGAUAUGUGUGUAUUUUGACCAGCUGAUAGAGGUCAGUUUGUCCUUCUGAUGAGGUUUAGCCAUGUAGAUAAGAACUGAAAAUGGAUUCAUAACGUGCUGAUUGCAUACAUCAUGUGUAUUUUUUAUUGUUGAAUGUAGGAAUGUUCAGUUGUAUUUCUUUGCCUUAUAAAGAUGUACUGUAACAGUCAUGUGUAUGUAUUAUACUAAAGAACAAACAUGGACCUUAUUUAUCCUUUGUUAAUGAGCUAAAUUAUUCAAUAAAGUGGACUUCUCAAAUGCAAUUCAAA